GAGAGAAAAAAAAAACAUCCCUGGAAAGAUAAUAAUAAGUCUAUGAUUUUAUAAUCAACUUUUUUUUUCUGUCCACCCUGUUAGUACCUCCUAUUCACCGACGAGCAGGUGAGGUUGCUUCCAUGAUAAGAACCAGUGACAAAGCGAGGCUUCAUUCAUUCAUUGUCGUCACUUCCUCCCUGGAAUAUGUACCUACCAGUGGUGCUGCUGAGCCGAGUUGCAAUAUAGCUAAACCAUGGGAGAGAUGCAGCCUCCAGAGGAUCACGGGGAAAAGGAAAAAGAUAAGAACGAUGCUCUUAAAGAUUUGGUGUACGUCAGCAAAACUGGAAAGCCAGAGGAUUUCAAGCUGGACGAGGACGGCGGAGUUUCUGGAAUCUCGUCCUUUGAGGAUGUCCUGGAAAUGAUUGACCCCACAGGUCGCUGGAACUUGGCUACGUUGAUCGUCUGUUCUAUGGGUUCGAUCGUACUGGCCUCCCAGACCAUCACCUACCAAUUCCUUGGCAGCACUCCAGAACACUGGUGCCACGUCGAGCAGCUGACAGCGGCCAAUUGGACACAAGAGCAGAUCCUCGACUUGGCCAUUCCUUUUUCCAGCAAUGACACCAGCGAGAAAAACUGCAAAUUCUUCAAUUACGAUUACGCCAAGGCGGUGGAGAUGGGCUACGAGGCCGCCAUGAAAAACCGGGGUUCGAUCUCCAUCGGGGACGGAAGCCCCAUCUACUGUCAGUCUCGUGACUUCAACGUCAGUCAUUACAGCCUGACGCUCGUCGCCGAGUGGGAUCUGGUGUGUGAGAGACGCGCUUUGUACUCAACAACUCAGUCUGCAUCCCAGAUCGGAAUCCUCUUUGGAGCUCUGUCUUGUGGGUACUUGAUGGACAGGUUUGGUCGGAGACCCGUCAUCCUUACUUGCGUGGUGGCGAGCAUCUUAGCUGCGUUGGGAGCUGCCGCCUCUCCCACCUUUUCCGUCUACGUUUUGCUGAGGAUUCUCAUAUCCUUCUUCGCCUUCGGACAUGCUACCGGUUCCUUCAUAUAUGUCAUGGAGAUUUGCUCGCCCAGCCAACGUUCGUCGGUGGGCACCGUCGGGGGCGUUCCCUGGUCGUUGGGGUACAUGAUUGUCCCGGGCAUCGCAUACCUCAUCAGACCUUGGAGGUGGCUGCAGGUGGCUUACUCCAUUCCGAUGUUUUAUCUGAUAUCUUAUUAUUGGUUCAUGCCUGAGUCACCACGUUGGUUGAUCGCUAAUGGUCGCUAUGAUCAAGCCGUCGAAAUCUUUUCCGAAGCUGCCAGAGUAAAUGGACGCUCUUUCCCGCCGGCGGGAGCCAUGGUCGCAUCCUUGAAGAAGAUGUCUGCAGUGGUCGAGGCCAAGCCAAAACAAAAGCUCUCCCGCGCCAUCAUCGACAACCUGAAACAUUUCCUGGUACUGGUGCUGAAGAAAGAAUACAGGAUGACCAUACUCAUCAGCUACUUCUGCUGGUGUGCAGUGUCUAUGGUGUAUUAUGGGGUUUCACUCAACUCAGGAAACCUGAGCACUGAUCCUUACAUGUACGUCUUCUUGGGAGGUUUGGCCGAAAUACCUGCUUACUUCAUAACGUGGUUCUUAGUGGCGCGGAUUGGGAGGAGACUUGCUCUGAUGCUCUGCUACUCAGUCUGCGGAGUCACCAUCUGCACUGUGGCCAUCCUCUUGGCGACACAAGACUCAGUGUCUUCGGAACUACUGAUGUUCCUUUCAUUGACGGGGAAGACAGCCAUCUCGGCGGCUUUCAUCAUCGUCUACAUCUACACCGCUGAGCUCUUCCCGACUCGGUACCGAUCCUUGGCCGUCGGGGAAUCCAGCAUGAUGGCUCGAGUCGGGAGCAUCACUUCGCCUUACAUCAACGAUCUGCUGGGCGUCGUCAUCACCUGGGGUCCCUCGGCCCUUUUUGCAGCCAUGUCAGCGGCAGCCGCGGCCCUGUGCUUAUUUCUGCCCGAGACGAGAGACUCCAUCACGGAGGAGAAGGUGGCGGCGGCGCCUAAGCGAGGCGCAGAAGAAGGAGGUCCCGUAGUAGUAGAUACCAGAACGCCGACGAAGCAGGCCAAAGCGAACGAGGCCUUUGAGGAUGACUGAUUUUGAUUCGCUAUUUUUCCUUUUUAUUUUAUUAUACUUUAUUUUAUUUUGCUUUCUGCUUUUGUUUUUGUUUUGUACAUUUUUUUUUAGAUAGCAUUUUAAACCCAUUUUGUUUUUGUUAAGUACAUUUUGUGAGCAAAUGUUAGAGCAGAAGAGUACUUGGCAGCAACAUUUCAUUGUAUUUAGGUACCUUUUAACUUUUUAUGUUUUUAGAUGACUUUUUAUUUAUCAACUUUGUUAUUGAUUUGCAUGUAAAGACAUGAAACAAAACAAUUUUUAA